GCAGAUCUGAUGUUUGGAAGGCAGUGAAUCGUGGACAGUGUGAUACAAAACCUGUGUCCAAUGUAUCACCAGGAUCCGGUUAGUUGCAUUAGAAGGAUUACAUCCGUUCUCCGUAAGGAGAGGGAGACGUCACGUUAGUCUGACAGCAUUCGGUGAUGUCCUCUCAUCUCCGGCUGCUAGCUAGUGUGAGUGUGCGGCGGUUAGCUGGACGUUAAUGUGAGCUAACACUAACGUCAGGUCAGAAUCAAGAUCAUCAACGAAACUCCCAUUUGAUGGAGAUUUUUAUGAUCAGACGAGCCCCGGACGUCAGUGAGUGCAGGUCCUGGAGGAUUCAUCAGAGAAAAAUGAAAUAGGAAAAGCCUAGCUGAAGGCUAACAUUAAAUAGCGAGCUGUGGGGUUUAUUAGCUGUGCUCAGUGCCACGGCGCCGUGUAGCUGUCCACGUCUCGUCUCGUCUGCUGUGUUUAACGUUGCCAGCUGAGCUAGGCCACGUCCCUGCGGGCGGAUUUCACCCACUAACAUUGGACGAACUGCGGAGAUGCCCAGUGUGCGGAAGGAAGAAGGAGAGUGAAGCUCGGUGGAAAUGUGAAAAAGCCUUUUUUAACAUUCAUGACUAUUUGUGUGGCAUUUGAUUUCGCGAACGGUUGCCGCAAAUCCACGGCAUGUCACGUAGACGGAUGUGUGUUGCACCGGGAGAAUCCUCUCACUGAGCUCAGUAGGUAACAACCUGAAGCAACGUUACACUCUGGUUUCUGAAAUGGUCGGGUUUGGUGCAAACCGACGGGGAGGCCGCCUCCCGUCCUUCAUCCUCAUCUUCUUGAUGGUGAUCAUCGCCAUACUGUCUUUCAACUACUGGACAGUGUCCAACAAGCACGGCCGCCUGCUGGAUGAGCUGGCCGAGGUGCAGACGCAGGUGAAGCGGACGGACGCGGCGCGGAGUCGGCUGGAGAAGCGCAACUCUGAGAUGAUCAUGCAGGUGGACACAUACAGGAAGCAGAUCGACCAGAAGGAUGGAGACUACAGCGUCCUGGAGGGCAAGCUGCAGGCCCGGGAGACGCUCAUCAAAAAGUGCACUGACGACAAGAUGAAGCUGCAGAAUGAUGUCACAGCCCAGAUGACAGAAAUCCAGAGGCUGAAAGAGCAGCUAAAGGAGCUGAAGCAAGAAUUCAUGAAGCAGGAAGAGCAGAUAAAAGAAGUGAAGAAAAACAGCACUACCUUGGAAAGAAAGCUGGAGUAUGAAAGUUUACAGUGUGGACGACAGAUUGCACAACUGAAGGACGAGUAUGAAGAAGCAAAAAAGACCCUGGAGGAAGAGGCAUCCCAGCUAAGACAGAGUGUAAUGGAUGGCCAAAAAGGUGUAGUGGCAGGUAGACAUGCAGAUGGAGCACCUGGUGUGGAGAUGGGUGGAGAGCGCCAUACAGUGGCCACUCACCGACAUGACAGGCAGUCAGAUUUAAAAGAAGAGAUGGGCAAGCCUGGCAGUGAUGCUGGUAUGCCUGGUAUUGAAGACAGUGAGGUGGGAAAAAUCGACGACAUGCAGUUUGCCUUGAAGAAACCGGCCAUCACUCAGAAGCAUGACGAGGCCCCUGAUUUGGUGGUCGGAGCUGGUGCCGGACCUGGACUCGGUGCAGCUGAUGGACCCGGGGGCCUGUUGCUGGACCAGCCACGACUCCAGCAGGACAGAGUGGACGGCCGAGCGGCAGUGAUCGCACCCCCAGGCGCCAACAAGGCAGACAAACCAGUAGUGUUUGAAGAAGACAACAAGGCAGGUAUCAAGGCAGACGAGCUGGGAGAGCAGCAAAGACAGCUUCGAGCUCCCGAUAAUGUCAGAGGUGACAAUGAACACUUGAAGAGGAUUCCUCUGCCACCCAACCCUGCCCAGGUGCCCAAUCCCAUCCAGCCUCACCACGCCAAAGACCAAGCAGAGCCAGUACACCACCGCCAAAGCCGGUUCUUUGAUGAGAACGAGUCCCCAGUAGAUCCGCAACACGGCUCUAAGCUAGCGGACUACAAUGGGGACGAUGGGAACGUGGGUGAGUAUGAGGCUGACAAGCAGGCCGAGCUGGCCUACAAUGAGGAAGAGGAUGGUGAUGGUGGGGAGGAAGACGUUCAAGAUGACGAAGAUCGGGACAUGCAGGGAGAUCGGGCUGUGGAUUAUGGGAAAAGACAACCCAAUGACAUUCUUUGAAUGGGAACUCACUCAGCCCGUAACUCAUUGAAAACAUUCAGACCUUCCUCUACAAUCGAAGUCAUUCUUGACAACAUAGUUUGAAAGAUUCCGUAUGUCUAAGAAUUUCUAGGGGGCAUCCUCAAUGUCAUGGACUAUUUUGAAGAAGAGACAUUGCAACUAAUAAAUUAAUUCUGAAUAAUGUAACAUAAUACAAAGAAAAAACAUGAUGGCAUUCUUUUCUGAGCUGCUGUUGAUUUGCUAAUGGUUGUAAGUUAUGGCAGUAGAGGUAAUAUACUGUACAUUGACUGUUUUGUUUUUUGAUAACUGCCUCAGUUCAUAACGGAGAGGUCUGAAAGAGCCCUGUUGACUCACAUCUGAACUUCAAGGUCAAACCGUGAUUUUUUUUUGUUUGUUUUUGCUACUUUUCUGUUCACUUUGCUGUUGCUUGAUAUAAACAAACUCUUUGCUUGAGAUGUUUAUGAAAGACACUAAUUCUGCCUUUCUAACAUCAUUCUGAGACUCUUAAUGGAACACUACUUUUUUGUUUACAGGAAUGGGAAUAUAUUACAAAUGCCAAGGACUUUGCUUAUGGCCUAUUAAAUCUGUUUCUUUUCUUUUGUGACAAGACACUCCAAGUGCUCCUCGUUCAGUUUUUAUACAUGAUGCCAUUGCAUGCAUUUGAAACUUUUUAUUAAUCAAAUUCAGCAAAAUACUGAUGCUUAAGCAAUACUUAGAGCAAUGUUAGUAUCCUCCGCAGUGUGCAACGAUUAACCGAGCACACAUGGGACUGACAUACUGUACACAUGCUUCCAUUAAUGAGCUCUCUUGUAUAUACUGUAGUUGAACUGUUGCCAUUUGUACCGAGGACACCUGAUUCCUCACCUUUAGGGAAAUCUGUGAACAUGAAAUCAGUUUUGUUUGUGCAACCAGGAAAAAUUGAUUUCUCAUGGAAAGGCACAUUGAAUGUAAUUUAAUUUUAUUAAAGGUGAUGCUUCGUGUCA